AUGCAUUACCCUACACUUUACGCAUUUCUCUUGGCUACGGCCGUCCCAACUGCCACGUCGCUUGCAAUCAGGAAUAAUCAUAGACAAGAAUCUGCUUCGAGCGUUAUCGCGGAUAUUGCCCGGCGCAACAACGAAGAAAACGAUGAGGCAACAUUUGCCAGACUAAAGAGGACUCAAGAUGAUCUGAACGGGCAAGAAGACGACGAUAAGGAUGAGGCCGACCCUUAUUCACUAGGACGGCGUGGAGAUGAUGCACCCGAGAUGGCCGGGUUUACACAAGAGGAUCUCGAUUCAGUGCUCGAUCCGGACAGUCACUCAAACUCACAAUCUGGGAUUAAACACCGUCGAAGAAGGGCCAUCGAAGCCUUUGUGCGGCGAAGUGGGCGUCCCAUACCCACGGGAGCCUUGGUUAACCACGACAUGCCUCUUGAGGAAAAGCGCGGUCUUCUUGAAAACUCGGGGACUACAAGCGUCAUCAAGGCUGACGAGUCUGAUGAAAUCGAUGUCGACAACUAUGGCGAUGAUGACGACGAGGAGCACUACGAGGAGCGAAAGAAAAGGCUCUCAAGGAGGGGCAUAUCUGCUAUGAUUGCGAGAAGACGCGUCAAGAGGACCCUGUCUCGAUGA